AUGCCGACGACCCCCAUGUCUUGGGCUCCUCCGGAAUACGACGCUCGAAAGACCUUGGCAUACGUGACGGAAGACACCAACAAUGUGAACAAGUUAGCGAACCCUACUUCCACCGAUCUUACCUCACGAGGAGCCUCCAUUCUUCAUCCUGGCUCGGGAAACCCCAACCGCCUGGAGCUAAAGAGCGCCACACAGAACAUCACUAGUCCCGAGGACGGUGAUCAAUGGACCAAUACCCAUCUCGAUCUUGAUUUUGUUGGUAUAAAGCUGGACGUCACUCUACAGCCUACCGGUGGUAACUUCUACUACGGCGGUGGCGGUGGUAUACAGCUUGUCAAUCGGGGACCGGACCCUGAUGGCUCUACCUCACUGGCCGGAUGGUCUUGGUACUGGGCCAACCCUACAACCCGUCUAACAGGCAAGCUUGUUAUUGAUGGAAAGGAAAUGGAGAUCGACACUGAACAGUCAUAUGCCUUGUUCGAAAGGCAAUGGGGUAACUUCCAUAUUGGCAAAGGUUAUUAUGCCCUUUGGUUUUAUCUCGAGACUGGAGAAGUCCUUAUUUCGUGGUGUAUGGAACCUACUCCAGAUGGCGUGUCGAAGAUAGCUUUUGCCUCUGUCUGGCACCCGAAUGGCCGGCAUGAAAUGCUGCCAGUUGGCCCUAAGAGCCGGGCUUCUGAUGUUAGCGUCAGCCCACGAACCGGCUUGAAGUACUUCAACAAGUUCUUCUUGGAUCUACCAUCUCGAAAUGCCCGCUUCACGUUUGAGAAGUGGGUGCGCGAUGGUGAGUUACUUCCGACCUUAGAAGAGCAGCGCGACAAGUACAUUACAAUCUCAGAGUCGUAUGGUGAAGGAACUGGCUUGUGGGAUGACAAAAACGUUCGAAUCCAGGGUCACGUAGAGCAGCUGUCUAUGAUGAGGUAG